UUGAUUAUCGGUGAUGAAACAAGUAAAAUAAAUUGUAAAUGUCAAGAAGGAUUGGGUAAUAAUGGAAAAGUAAAAAGUCUCGACCUCGAACCUGGUUUCGCUUUACGUGUGCAUCGAGCAGAGGUAUGCUUUUAAAAAAGUGAAACAAUUAACUUGAAUUUUAAUUCAGAUUUUGACUGACAUCGAAGGAAAAAAGCAUCUUUUUAUAUCAAUUGGAAAAUAUGGAUGUCAUAUCGUGUAUUGGAAUCCAUUUGCAUCAGAUCCUGAAAAUACGGCUAAAGUCAGUUCGAAAACAUGGACGAAAAAUGUUGACAAAGAUUAUGAAAUGGUAAAUAUUUCAAAUAAACAUUUAUUCAAUGAGUAUAUAUUUUUGCAGUUAGAAAAAUCUAUCGGAAUCUUGAGUUAUCACAUUGUUGAAGAAUGUUUCAAAGGUGCCAAAUCACUUUCAGGACUGGAAUGUGUUUCCGAUUUUGAUGGUAUACAAACGAGAAAAAGAGGAGAAGAGUUUCAUUCUAAAAUGUUAGUUUUCCUCAGAAACCAAACUUGAAUUCAACUUUUUUUUAAUUUUAGAUUUUAUGAAAUCGAUCCCGAUCAUCAACCAACAGUUGAAUUCUAUGCAAAAUGUAUUUGCAUGGAAUCAAAACACAUUUAUAUACGAAAACCAACGCCACAAGCAUCGAUGCAAUGUUCAUAUUGUAAAAGUAAGCCAACUCACAUUAAAAUAUAGAAAAACUUACUUUCUUUCAGGAGAUUUGAACUCGGAUCUGAUGAAAACAAUUCACAUAAAAAUGAAAAGUUCUCCGAGUAUACAUUUAUAUUUUGUUAUUCAAACAGAGGUGAGAAAUAUAAUAUCAUUAGAUUAAUAAAAAAAAAUAAUGCAUAGGUUAUUCCAACAAAUGUUUUGAUUUGUCCAUCUCGUGCUUGUCUCAUUGCCAAAAGCAGUCAUUUAAAUGCCAAUUAUUAUGAAGUUUAUAUCGAACAUGUUGCGCUACGAUCUCUUGAUUAA